AAUAAAAAGCGGACUGAAGUUAAACAUUUUGAGUCCCGACUGCGCAGCAAAAGUACAAAUUUUCUUCCAUUUUUCAUCUUCAUCUUCUCCGGCAGUGAGCAAAAGGUAAAACUCUCAAGGAUGAGCAGGUCUGGUCAACCUCCGGAUCUCAAAAAGUAUAUGGACAAGCAGCUUCAAAUCAAGUUGAAUGCAAACCGCUUAGUCACUGGAACUCUUCGUGGGUUUGAUCAGUUCAUGAAUUUGGUCAUUGACAACACAGUGGAAAUUAAUGGCAAUGAUAAGAAUGAAAUUGGCAUGGUGGUAAUUCGCGGUAAUAGCGUGGUGACAAUUGAAGCGUUGGAGCCAGUCGCUAGACCACAGCAGUAGCUCUAACGGAUCUUUGUUUAUGCCCCAGAUGCUGCUGCUGCUCGUUUAAAGGAACCUUAGGAACAUAAGUUUGUACUGUCAGUUAACUUUCCCAAAAAAAAAAAGAAAAGUUUGUACUGUCAGGAUUCAGUAUUCGACUAGAUAACAGUUAAGAUGACAAAGGAUUUCUGUUUUAAGUUUGAUCAUCAAUUCUCUCUAUUCAAUUAGUGCACUAUGUGCUGAAUGCAGUUUGUAUGUGUUCUUGUUUUUUUUCCAACUGAAAGGUGCACGAUGUGAUGUUCCCUUUUAAUGCUCUUGAGGUAAAAAUACUUCCUCAUUUGAGUUUGUCA